GCUCUGUCCUGCGCUGUGGGAGGAGAAGGAGAGCCAGGCUGGCAAGCAGCGCUAUCUGCCGGGCUGGGAACAGCAUCCGCCGCUUGUACUGCAAUCGCAAGGACCGUGCGAGCACCGUGCACCUAUCUAGUGAUCAGUCCUCUGCAGGGGCGCAAUGGCUGUGGAGGAAGAAGGCAUCCGGGUGUUCCAGAGCGUGAGGAUUAAGAUAGGUGAAGCCAAAAACCUGCCUUCAUAUCCUGGGCCAAACAAGAUGCGGGACUGCUAUUGUACUGUCAACCUGGACCAGGAAGAGGUGUUCAGGACUAAGAUAGUGGAAAAGUCACUCUGCCCUUUUUACGGAGAAGAUUUUUACUGUGAGAUUCCUCGUAACUUUCGCCACCUGUCCUUUUAUAUAUUUGACAGAGAUGUCUUCAGGAGGGAUUCCAUUAUGGGGAAAGUUGCAAUUCUUAAGGAGGACCUAACUAAAAACAACAACAGGGAUACCUGGUUUCAAGUGCAACAUGUGGAUGCAGAUUCUGAAGUUCAGGGGAAAGUGCACUUGGAGCUUCGUCUGAGUGAAGUCAUUACAGACACUGGUGUCAUCUGCCAUAAGCUUGCUGUACGAGUUUUGGAAUGUCAAGGCCUGCCCAUCGUGAAUGGUCAAUGUGAUCCUUAUGCCACUGUGACUUUGCUGGGACCUUCUCGGUCUGAAGUAAAGAAAACAAAAGUGAGGAAAAAGACCAACAACCCCCAGUUUGAUGAAGUAUUUUAUUUUGAGGUUACCAAGCCCUCUAGUUACAACAAGAAGUCUCAUUUUGAAAUUGAAGAAGAUGAUGUGGACAAGUUGGAGAUUAGAGUUGACCUGUGGAAUGCCAGUAAUCUGAAAUUUGGGGAUGAGUUUCUUGGAGAACGGAGGAUUCCAUUGAAGGUUAUCAGACAGUCCAGCUUUCAUGGAGCAUGGUACUUCCUUCAGCCCAGAGAUAACGGCAAGUCUGUAAAACCAGAUGACCUCGGCUCUCUCAGGUUGAAUGUUGUUUACACAGAGGAUCAUGUAUUCGCCAGCGACCUGUACAACCCUCUCAGAUCGCUCUUGCUAAAAUCUGCAGAUGUUGAGCCUGUUUCAGCAUCUGCAGCACAUGUGUUGGGAGAAAUUUGCAGAGAAAAACAGGAAGCGGCUAUACCUCUGGUACGGCUUUUUUUACAUUAUGGCAAGAUCGUGCCUUUCAUCAGUGCAAUAGCAAAUGCUGAAGUCAACAGGACACAAGAUCCAAACACCAUUUUCAGAGGGAACUCCUUAACGUCAAAAUGCAUCGAUGAGACAAUGAAGCUGGCAGGGAUGCAUUAUCUUCAAGUUACACUAAAGCCAAUUAUAGACGAGAUUUGUGAAGUCCACAAACCUUGUGAGAUAGAUCCAGUGAAAUUAAAAGAUGGAGAAAACCUGGAAAAUAACAAGGACAACCUGAAAAAUUAUGUUGACCGAAUCUUCAAUGUCAUUACAAAAUCCGGUGUGAGGUGCCCGACUGUCAUGUGUGAUAUUUUCUUCUCCCUCAGAGAGUCAGCUGCCAUACGUUUCCAAGGUGACCCUGAUGUGAGAUACACUGCUGUGAGUAGCUUCAUUUUCCUCCGGUUUUUUGCACCUGCCAUCCUGUCUCCCAACCUUUUCCAGCUCAGACCUCACCACCCAGACCCACAGACAUCAAGAACUCUUACACUCAUUUCCAAAACUAUACAGACACUGGGAAGCUUAUCUAAAUCAAAAUCCGCCAGUUUCAAGGAGACCUAUAUGGCUGCUUUUUAUGACCACUUUAAUGAACAGAAAUAUGCAGAUGCUGUUAAAAAUUUCCUAGAUCUGAUAUCAUCUUCUGGAAGAAGAGAUCACAAAAGUAUAGAGCAACCUAUCCUGCUCAAAGAGGGGUUCAUGAUCAAAAGAGCACAGGGAAGGAAAAGAUUUGGAAUGAAGAAUUUUAAGAAGCGAUGGUUUCGCCUCACCAAUCAUGAAUUUACAUACCAGAAAAGUAAAGGAGAUCAUCCGCUCUGCAAUAUUCCCAUCGAAAACAUUUUGGCUGUUGAAACAUUAGAGGAGGAAUCAUUUAAAAUGAAAAAUAUGUUCCAAGUCAUUCAGCCAGUGAGAACGCUCUACAUCCAAGCAAAUAACUGUGUUGAGGCCAAGGACUGGAUAGAUAUCCUUACUAAAGUCAGCCAGUGUAACAAGAAGCGUCUUACAGUAUAUCAUCCCUCAGCCUAUCUAAACGGGCACUGGCUGUGCUGUAAAGCUACCUCAGAGAAUGCCCCUGGCUGCUCACCGUGCACUGGAGGCCUGCCGGCAAAUAUACAGCUUGUUAUAGAUGGCGAUAGGGAGACAGAACGGAUUUAUUCUUUGUUUAACACAUAUAUGUGUAAGAUGGAAAAAAUGCAAGAGGCCUGUGGUAGUAAGUCUGUGUACGAUGGUCCAGAACAGGAGGAGUACUCCCGAUUCAUUAUUGAUGACCCGCGAGAAACUUACAAAACACUAUGUCUGCUCAUAGAUGCUGUUAAAACGUUAGAAGAGGAGCAUUCUCAGUACAAGAAAGAUAAGUUCAAGAAGAGAAAGUAUGGAAGCCAAGAACACCCCAUAGGAGACAAAAGUUUCCAGACCUACAUCAGGCAGCAGUCUGAGGUUUCUGCACAUUCCAUUUAACACGCCAUAAGAAACACUUCAAGGGUUAAAAGAAGGACAUUUCUGAUCUUGCUCAAGAAGAUGUACUCUUGUGAACAGAGCAGUGUUCUCCGCGGUCCAGUGCUGUUUCACCACAUCCCCCAUCUCACCAGGAUAAGACUGAGCGUUUCCUAUGUGUGUUAGAGGACUGUUACAAUAGUUGCUAUGCACUUUAUUCAUCUGAUAACAGAUGACCAUUUUAUUUUGUUUUAUUUUGUAGCCUUUUUCUUGUAUCAUUUAAUACGUUUUAUCAGUUCAGUGAACUGAUAAAUAUGUCUAAGAUCCAUUGCUUCCUCCUGUGGCAUCACAUUCCCGGCACCCACACGAACUGCAUUAGAGUGUCAUAUGUUGUAAGGUACUGACUUACUGUUACAUUCUGCCAGGAUGGUGGUGAUCUUGCACUUUGUGUCUAAUAGGUUUGCUAUGAUUUUACUGUGAGGUCAACCUCAGAAUUACUCUGUGGUAAUGACCCUUAUUUAGUUAAAUGAUAAUCUUGUCUACACAUUUACUGGUGUUAUUACUUCAAGAGAUUUCCUUUUGCCAACAUUAUUACGUAAAGUUAUUUUUAUUUUAUGGUGGAGUACUCAAGCCAGAAGUUUAUUAACUUCUUUAAAACGUUCUACAAAUGAAAGUUUUAAAGCAGUUAAUAACACCUGCUUAUAAACGUCAUGCAGCAAUAUAUCUAUAGAAACACUUGCUUUAAAAUACUUUGCCACCAAAGUGAACAGUGUAGGCCUGAAUGUGAAGCCCUCAUAAUGUAUACAAUAAUGUGUAACAAUGUUCAAUACAUUGGCUUCCUCCUUGUAUUGAGGAGGAACUAUUUUUGGUAACGUUUAACCUGCAAGGCCAACAGUGUAUGUCUUACCACGUGCUUUGUAUUUGAAAUAUCUUUUGUCAAAUACGUAAUGGUACAUUAAGAAAAAUGCCAACUAAAUUAAUAUUUUAGCACUUACUUUAUGUGCCAAAUAGCUGUUUUAUUUGUGAUUGUAGUUAUUGGAUCAUAACAAUGAAUAAUAAUACUAUGUUACACCUAUCACAGAAAAUAGUAAUCUUCCUAAUUUAAUCUGGAGGUGCUUUCCCUUUGACAGUAACCUUCCAUCCAUUGGGUUUAAGAUUCUAUAUUUAGAUAGGAUUACUUUGUGUUAAUUUUCUAUACACCUAUGUUGCUUAAAGUGAUUGCAAAUUUUAAUGAAUUAAAGCCCAGUAUCAAAAAAUUAUCUUAAAAACAGGGGCGUUUUAAUUCAGUAAAGUUUAUAAAGACGUUUAUUUUUUCAAAUACUUACCAUUGCGUUAUGGUAAACAUACUGCCGAUUCUCCGUCCGCAGCUCCUGCUUUCUUUAGCAGAUCGAUGACGAAUACUGCUUCAGCAAAUGUUUGUGUGCCCCCUUUGGCGUCCAGCUCGUGGGACACGCAACGAUUGGAGGAAGCCGGAUUCAUCAUUGAUAUGCUCAACAACAAAAAAAGAGAUUCAGGCGGAGGUAAAAAGCGUCUUUAAAAAGCGUCUUUGUAAAUUUAAUGAGUUAAAGUGCACCUGUUUCUAAGAUUAUUUUUUGAUACUGGGCUUUCAUUCUUAAAAGUUUGCAAUCACUUUAAGCACCGUGGGGACUGCAAGUUUUAGAUUCACAGUGGUUUUGUUGGUGUUUCUGUUCAAAUCCACCCCCCCCCCAAUUGUGAAGAAUAUUUUCAUAUUUCAGCUCAGUUCCGUUUACACCCAGCUGCUUUCAUAGCAUAGGAUCUAGAUAUCACUAAAUAAUGAAUGAUCAUUCACUAGUUUACAAACACGGUCUCUCCCAUAAUUAUUUUCUGCUUGUACUCGCGGUACAUUGUGUACGUCACACAACUUGUGGAGUGUUCCCUUUAGUAAGCGCUGACUUUUAUUGUAUCAAGCUUACAUCAUCUUUCAAGCUGUAUUAUAUUUUCAGUGUGAUAUAAUAUAUCAUUCAUGAGGUGCUGAGAUGUUUGUCUUCAUAUAGUAAAUCCCCUUUGUAUUAGGGGAGUCUUUUUUUUUUCUUUCUGUGCAGUGUCUACUCCUGACAGAUGUGGUACAGAAAAUAUCUGAUCUUCGUAAUUGGGUUAAAAAGAAGAGAUAUUUUGUCUACAAACAAUUUAGAGCAUAUUUUGUAUACAGUUUGUAAAAUAUAUACAGCUACCAUAUUUUAUUAGACAGGGCCAAAGUUUGAUUGAUACUUUAGGACUAUUCAUGUGAAUAGACCCUAAUCCAGCCUUCCUCAAAACAUAGAUUGGGAUCUACUAGUGCUGAACAGAAAUAAUUAUGUGCCUUCCUUUUUAACCACAUAAUAUGGCUUCAAGAAACAAAAUGUAAACCUGCUUUGUCAAAGUAUCUGUAAUGCUUAUCUAGCACAGGAAUAUUAGUAAAUAUUGUAUUAGAAACCCCCUAUCUCAAAUGUCCUUAUGUUCAACAUUUGGCAAAUUAACAUGUACAUCAUAUAAACAAAGAAGUAGAUUCCACCUCACUUAAAGUGCAAUAAAACAGGUUGAGAUCUGUGCAUAUCCUAAAAGGGCUAAUUAAAUCAAAAUAGUUUGUUUAAAAAUUGCUGGCAAGUAUUUUAAAAUCAUUUUCAAAAAUAAGCAAAAUUAAUUGCAUAGCUAAGCUGCCCGGGGCAGCUAACUCCACCCCUCUUAUCAGUGUUUAGACACAAGCAUUGUAUUUCAACUGAGUUCACAGCUUCUAGGCCUGCUUCAGCAGAUAAUCUAUUCACUUUUGCAUUUUACCAAAAGAACAGUAAACAUAGAUACAGCCAUAAAAGGAAUUGUGUGGGGGGAGUUAGAGUUUUACAAUUCAGAAGCUAAAAAGAAAGGGUUAAUGGCGAGGCACUGCAGUAUAAAUUUGCAGGUAAAGCAAUUAAAGUACAUAUUAUAUUAUUUUGUCUCUAUCCCAACUUGUUUUAUGUCCCUUUAAGUAUGUAAUACCUGCCCUUAUCUCAUUAUCUCAACACUGGAGUUUGCCUUGGGUAUCAUGAGUGGUCGGUAAAAAAAAAAAAUGUCCACAAUAAUACAUUAGAGUCUGCAUUAAACCAAAAGCUCCUAGUAUUACCUCAGUUUAAACAUAUAUUUUUUAUAUAAUUUUAUCUCAUUUCCAGAAGGCAGAUAGUAAGAAUGGAACAUUGUCUUUUUUUAGGUUUAAAUAAAAGACAUACAGGCUUUACUUGAUCCAUGUUUCCAUAUACACAGGUAUAACCCGCUCAUACAGCGUGUUAAGGACCGGAGCCCCGCUGUAAAGUGAAAACAGCCUUAAAGUGAAACAGAGCAGUUUUAGCUUUCUUUUCACUUGCUAGUGUGUUUAAAGACUUGAAAACGUGUUUGAACUAACAUAUAUUAGAGGUGCAAUAUUGCUAUGUUUAGUUUAACACUAGCUCAGCACAGCAUUCAAUUAGUAUUCAAUAAAUACUGUACCGGUAAAAUAGUGACAAUUACUGUAGUAAAAUUUGCCAGACACAGAUUGCACUGUGAUGCUGUAAACAAAGUGAACUGCGCAUAACAAAAUGGUGCCAGUCACUUUUCUCGCAAUCUCACGAAGAUUACAGCACUUCAGUUUCAAAUAUUUGGAGGUUGAACGUCGGCUCCACAAAGCACUGCAUUAGCGAAGCGCUGUAAAGUGAGGUAUACCUGUAUUCUAAUACAUUGAUUAACAUUGAUUGCAAUUGUUUUCAAAGUGUGUUUUUUACCAAGUUUUUUGAGUAACAAAAAACUUGUUUGGUAUAUUUGGUAUGUAGAAAGGUGUUAACAAAAAAAAACAACAAGAAUUGAUAUACAGUAUAUUAGCUGCUUAUUGUAAAAAGAAACAAAACAAUACACAGAGAAUGUUAUAAAAUCUGUAUUUAGUUUCCAGUGUAACUACUAAACUAGGAGUGUUAGUAAGGAAAUGAAUGUUGUUUAAAAUAUUUUCUGAUUAAGCAUUGCCAUAUUCAGUACUGCAUAUUAUUGACCUGGCUGAAUAGAUCUUCUUUCCUAAUCUGAUGGUGAUCAGAACCACGGGUCACAGUCAUCUUUUGCAGCCAAGGGAUACGUUUGGUAAAAAGAAGCUUGAUGUGGAGAUAUUAUGAUUAAAUAGCACUGCAUUUUAUUAAAGGGAUAUUAAAGGGAUAUAUUUAACAGUAAAUACAUAAAGAUAAUGAUGUAGUCAAAGCAAAGAUUAUUUAGGAUAACAUGUAGAUGCAUUUUUACAAUUAUAUUAGUUGUUUAAAUAUUGAAUAUAUAAGUGUAAAGGUUUAGUUUCUAUAAAUGAAUGGGUGCUAUCAUAUUUAAACUUAAAGGGACAAUCAAGUCAAAAUUAAACUUUCAUGAUUUAGAAAGAGCACACAAUUUAAAGAAACUUUCCAAUUUACUUAAAUUAUCAAAUUUUGCACAAUCUUUUUAUAUUCACACUUUUUGAGGCACCAACUGCUACUGAGCAGGUGCACAAUUUCACAGGGUAUACAUAUACUAGUCUGUGAUUGGCUGAUGUCUCUCAUAUGACACAGGGGGCUGGGAAAUUUGAGAAAAAAAAUAUUUGCCAUAAAAAAAUCUACUACUUUUAUGAAACUCAGAGUAAGUGUUGUUGCAUUGUCUUAUUGUUAUUGUGCAAUUUUUAAUUAUGCAAUUCUGUUGUAUUUAGUGGUCCUUUAAGUUUUCCCUUAUCUAUCUUUUCUGCUGAGGACAAUUAGGAACAGAUAUAAAACAGACAUUAAAAAAAAUAUGCAAACAAGACUUGUGUAAACUCUGCUAGAUGUAGAAUGGCCAACUGGCAACUUGUGGGCCACAUGCAGCCCUCUGCACUAGAAGUAAAAAUGUGUGCCAUAGUUUUUGUGGUCUCAGGUAAAAAGCAGAGCUAAAUAUAUGCGAAUUGGGGACUUCUGGUUAAUGGGAAAACUCAAAUUACUCCUUUGAUGGAGAGAACAGUAGCUAGAGGGUACCCUGCAAUAUUACUUAAAUAUGGAAAAUAUAAUGCAACUUUUUUUUAUUACACAUAAUUAAUAAUUUUAUAUUACUAUCAUGUUUAAUAUCCCUUUAAUGAAAGUAGUUAUAUAUUUUUAUUGAUAUAUUUUUAAAACUAUUUUGGCAUUAUUAGAAUUUCUGUGUCCCUUAGACAAAUAUUUAAACAUAUUACACUUAAUAUAUGUCAACAUAAUACUGUAGUUUUUAAAAACUCUUGCAUUUUAUUUCAGUCUCCGCAAACUAUUCUAUUUGCAUAGAUUUGACGCACACAAUCUCCACUAUGUAAAAUAUAGGCAAAAAUAUGAAAGUUUAUUAGUAUUGAACGUUUGGCUUAUGGUACCAAUAAUUGCAGCAAACGUUUACAUUUUAGCCUGAUUCCACCAGGAAAUUGUUAGAAUUGGAGACAUGGAAUGUGCACUACUCAAUACAGUGAUGUGUGUAUACUUCUAUAGACCACAGAGUAAAAGAUGAACGUGUUGCUGUAAUUGGUAAAAUAUCAAAUGAAAUUACUCUUGAACCAAAAUGUUAAUUUUGUUUAUAAUAGUUUGGUCUUCAUUCUUAAACCUUCUUGUGCAAGAAAUCAUUUGGGCUUUACCUGAGCUUGGACAUAAAGCAUUUUAUGAAAGGCCACUGCAAGUAUCCACCAUUCACUUCCAGCUACAGAAUAUUCAGAUAACAAAUGCAUGCUAACAUUGCACAACUACAAAAUACUUCUUCGUAUUUUAAUAUUAAAGUUGUGCACAUUAGGUUUCUAGUUUGCAUUGCUUAUUUAUUCAUUACAUUCACCUAGCCAGAUAAAAAGAACAGUCAUCUCAAAGCAAGCUGAUUUAUUUUUAUAAUUAAAUAUGCAUUAUGAAUAUAUAUUAUUGCUAGUUAUGUUUUCUAUGGGAAAUAAUGUCCUAUACAUUUCCCUGUUGCAUAUACGGUUUUGUCAUAUGUGCAAAUUUGCUUGAAUAUGGGAGAUUUUGUCCAUAUAGACAAACCAAAAAGCAAAAUGUAAAAUGUAUUCUUUUUAUUACAUAUACUAGUUCAAUGAAUGUUAUAUAUAUAAUUUAGCUUAUAGAAAAAAACAAUAUAAUGUAUUCACUUGUACUGUUCUUUAACAUAUGAACACUGCUUGAUUUUGGGUGACUGUCUUUUUAAGUUAGAAAUUAAUUGUAGAGUAUAAUACAUGGCACGGUUAUUGCAAGACUGUUGGUACCAAUGCACAUCUUUUCAUAUACACCCUUUGUAUGUCAGCAUUGCCAAAACCCAUUUUAGAUACACAUUUCAUAAUCACUGCCACAUUUAAUGUCACAAGGCACAUGUAAAAAGCCAUUGCUAUACACAUAGUGUUAGAACUGUCCUGCGGAGGAGAACUUGAAUGCUAUAUUGAGAUAUUACUAGAUAGUGUUGGAUCUUGCACCACUGGUUACUUCAUUUUGACAUAUAUGUAUAUAAGAAAGGAAGCAAACACUGGGCUGUAUUUACUAAACAGUGUUAAGCCGCAAGGCGCUUUAGGAAUAAACGUUAGGAUUUAGCACCACUUGGUAAAUUUAGGCAUGAGUAUUUUAGGUAGGGUAAAGGUUUUUUUUAGACCUCUCCAUUUUAUCUGCCAAGUGUUACUAGAGGUUUGUAUGUUCUGAGGUUCACAGGUUUGUUGGUCCUGACCUCAUCACUGCCCUGCAGAUUAAACUUAAAAACCAUGUAUCUGUAAAAUAUCUCAUAUAUGAUGUAGAUACUGUUAAAAUAUGAAUUGUGUUUUCCUGUUUAUUAAAACAAAUGUUUUAUUAAUUAUAA